CAAGACUAUCAGCAUUAUUGAAAUCAUGAUCAAAGAAUCUUUUCUACAAGCCAAUGAACACCUCCACAUCUCAGCAGCCAUAGAAAACAUGGUGGAAUACACUAAACUCACAGAUCACUUAUUUGAGAAGAUCUUGUACUCCACUGACGACAACCUGAAAGAUGCUCGAAUGAUUCUUGAGGACAUUGUCAAUAGACGCCUGCCAAAGAUUGUUGGAGAAGCCAGACUGACAGAAGCUGAACAUAAAGACAUCUCAAAGAAAACACUGAAGGAUAAUUGGAUGACAGCUGUGGAGAAAUGGUCUAAAAAUACACUGGAUUUCGUGGUUGCUGUCGUCAAUAUGGAUCAUGGCAUGAAGGGUAAAAAUCCCAUUGACAACGUCUAUUUCUACAGCAAGAGGGAUCCGACCAAAGCCUUCAAGAUUAGGAAAUAUCAGGUGUCCAGUUUCCUGCCGGUGAAGUUUUAUGAAAAGCUUGUGAGAGUGUACUAUCGAGGUACAGAGAAACGGGAACUAGAAGAAGCUCAGCAGUGCUUUGAGAAUUGGUGCAAAGACAAUUUUGGAGUUCUGCCUGAAGAGGGAAAAUGUUCUGAGGCUACAUACCAAAGCAAGGAUUAACAACUGAGACAAUAACCCCGUAAGAGCAUUCCAGAUCCAGAUUAGCAACAUUUUGAGAGAGAUGCUGAAGACAUGAAAGAGAUCAUGGAAGAACAAUCAAAGGACUUCUUCAGCUGCAGGGCAUUUGAAUCUCAAGUGGACUAAAACAAAAGAAGUUAUGAGUUUACACUGUAACUGUAUUUAUUCUGUGAUGGAUUUCAGCUGUAGUCACUGCUGUGAUAAAUAUGCCAAUGAAGUCUUUUAUUCUUGCAUUUUAGUGUUCUUAUAAUAAUAAUACAUACAGCAAAAAUCAAUAGAAACAAAUUGUUAUUCUAUGCAGGAAUGUCCUGAGACUCCUGACUUGGAGAAAAUUGUAUUUGCAAUGUACUUUUAUACAAUUUGCAAUCGCAGCUUUUCUCAGUUGCUAACACACUAAAAUGUAAAUCUAAUGGCCCAAAUUACCAAACCAUUACGUCCAUUCUCAAAAGACUAAAGCAGAGAUGACAGUUCAAAAGGAUUUAUUUACAAAAAAUGACAGUCAAGGAAAGGCGCUUCCAGUGCCGGAAGUAGAUGGCAGAUCAAAAGAGCCUCUAAGGGCUAUUGAAGAGUGUGUUAGUAAGAAGAGUGUGUGCAUUGAUGUAGUCUGCAGCAAUCUGAAGAGAGUCUGUUAAAGCUGGUGUGGUACAAAGCAAAGCCCAGACGAUUCUCCCAAGACACUGGGAAAUACAGAGGAAUCCUCCUCCUCAUGAACUGGGCACCGAACUAGUGAGAGUGACAGCAAGCGGGCAGGUAACCGCACCUCUACAGACAGGCAACCAUCUGUUCAAAAUAUGGAAAACUGAAUAAAAUUGGAGGGAUGUGCCCAGCAAGAGGGUUGAAACCCAAUAGACUAAAACUAACUUUAUAAGUACAUAACUGUAUUUACAGUAUUAGGCUUAUUCGUUCUCUGCAUUGUACUCUGCACAAAGACAAUAACGUUUAAGCUACUGUAAUCGAAUUGUGAGAACACAUCUUUAAACGCAUACCUCAGGUCUUUAGUGACCCAGGAACACAUUCUACCCCCAUACCUCAUGCAUUUGAAGUUGUUCCCACACCUCUUUAGGAUUCCUCAAUCUCUCUUUUAUGUAAAAAAUAAAAUGAAUAAAAAAUGAUAGUGGUUAAGUACCAAAUGUGUAUAGGGUCAUUAGAGACCCAAGGUAAGGAGGAGUGCAUGUUGUUUCACAGCACUUCACUUUUUCCACAUUUUGUGAUGUUACAGCCUCAUUCCUUAUUCGAUUAAAUUCAUUAUUUUCCUAAAAAUUCUACAAACAAUA